AUGACACGGGUGACCUGGAUGCUCGAAGAGCUCGGCGCGCCCUAUGAACUGGUCCAUGCCCGGCUCGGCACGCGCGACCUUGUCGGCCUGUCGCCGUCCAACAAGGGCCCUGUGCUUGUGGACGACGGUUUCGUCCUGACCGACAGCGCCGCGAUCUGCCUCUAUCUCGCCGACAAGCAUGGCGAUGCCGGUUUCGGGCCGCGCGACGCGCGCGAACGGGCGCAGAUGGAAAGCUGGCUGUUCUUCGCGCUGGCCGAGUUCGAGGCCGUGAUGUGGACCAAGAUCAAGCAUCGCGUGCUUCUUCCAAAGGAGAUGAGGCUCGAUGUCGGCCCAUGGCUCGCGGCGGAAUUUGCGCGUGAACUCAAGACCUUGCACCGGCGCCUCGGCGACAACGACUAUGCGAUGGGCGACCGCUUCACCUGUGUCGACGUGAUCCUGGGCCACUGCGGACGCUGGGCGAUGUAUGCCAAGUUUCCGAUCGGCAGCGAACCGGUCGCCGCCUAUUUCGAGCGCGUUCUGGCGCGGCCCGCCUACGCGCGCGCGAUCGCCGCCGAAGAGGCGCUGGCGGCCCGGACCGGUCCGGAAAGCUGA